AUGCAGGAUGCCCCAGCCGACGUGCUGGCUGAUGCCAGGCGGACGCUUGAGGCAUUGAAGAGUUCUGGACUGUCACGCGAAGUAUUGCUGCAAAUGUGGGAGGGCGGCGAAGACAGGACGCACCACCUUCAACACCAGCUCCACCACCAGCAACAGCACCAGCAACAGCAACAGCACCAGCAACAGCACCAGCAACAGCACCAGCAACAGCACCAGCAACAGCACCAGCAACAGCAACAGCACCAGCAGCCACAAACACCACAGGACGCUCCUUUGGAGGAUGCUUCCACGCGAGUUCCUCCAGCAAUCUGCCACGGUCAAAUAGGUCACCGCCCACGCAUUUCCGUUUCGUCCACGAGCUCGGGUUCUUCCGGUCACGCUAGUAUCUGGUCGAUGGGCUCCGCGAAUUCCAAUGCUACCGUCGCGACACAUUACUCGCAAGCUUCUCAGGCACCUUCCGCCACCCAAUGCGCACCCCAGCCCUCCGUAGGCGCACCAGGCAACCUACCCCAGGUGGCAAGCGCGCAAACGGGAUGGGGUCCCGGUCGUUUCAACUUCUACUGGUGCACUUCCUGCGAGACACGGUUCAAGCGAAAGUAUGACUGGAAGCGUCACGAGGAGGAGUUCCAUGAGCGUUGGAAGAAGUACCCUUGCCCCGAGCCUGGCUGCAACAGGAGCUUCUGGGGAGCAAACACUUUCAAUCAACACCACAAGGCCUCGCACGGCUGCAAGUCGUGUCCUCAUUCAGAGAAGGUGGUCAAAUAUCUCAAGAGGAGAAAGUAUUGGGCUUGCGGCUUCUGCUCGGCCCUUCACCCCUCUAGAGAACGCCAUGUCGAGCACGUCGCUCGGCAUUUUGAGUCGGGAAAGACCAAGUCGGACUGGAUGCACUCGAGGGUCAUCUACGGCCUUCUUCACCAGCCUUUGAUCCACGAGGCCUGGAAGGAUAUCCUCAUGUCCAAGGCGAAUGAAUUCAACGGACGUCAACCCAAUUUCAGCUGGAACCCCACACAGACCGGUCGUGCGCAGGGCUUCAUGGAGAAUGAGAGUCCAGGUCAACUCCAGGAUCUUCUCGAGUUCUUCUCCGGUCCCAGCACCGAAGCUGAGUCGAUCGUGUCCCUCGCCUACAAGCUUGCUGACCUCGUCUUCCUGCCGGUUCCCGCAUCACCACCGAUGCAGUAUUCUCAAUGCUACGCUCCGCCUCCCUCGGCUCUUCCGCAACAAUACUCCCCUCAGCCCCUUCUUCCUCCUCCUUCGAUACCAUCGCAGACUUUGCCGACCCAGUCGCCUCAGCCUCCUGUACUGGCUUCGCAGGAAUCGUCACCCUCACCUUUCAUGGACCAGAUGAGGGCUCAAUCAAUGAUGCCACAGCAGAUGUUCCACACGCCGCAGCCGCGUGCCAAUACCGAGCCUCUACGACGAGCAUCCCUCGACAGGGAGCUUCCACCACCACCACAAGAAAACCAGCCAAUGAACUUUCAGUUUAUGCCCGAAAAUAUGGUCUCGUUUGAAGACUGGGAGAGCUUUUCCAGCACUGUCGUUGACGAGAAUGCACCGCAGCCUACGACAAUGUCGUCAGAAUGGCCAAUGGUGCCUGUACAAUAUUACAACGCCCCUGUAGGGCCAUGAUCGCCUAUAUUUCCUUGCCAGUUCGGAAAAAAAGUCAACCUUUUCUUUGUCACAUGUCACAUUUACUGCCGCCGGCGCUGCCCGCUGGCCAAUCGAUAUAGUAUAUAAUGGUAAUCACCUCUUGGGGGGGGCCGGACUCGAUGGACUCGAAAUGUCAUUUUCUUAGGCCGCGGAUUCGGGCGAAAAACGGAACGGACAUGGCACAGGAUAAGAAUAUGAAUUGGCAAACGGAUGGCCAGAGCAAGGAGGUUGGAGGCGUCACUCACGAAAGAGGUGUUCCAUUACGGUUGAUGGUCAAAUGUUAAAAUGCAGUGGAUAGAAUCAAAUAAAAAAAACCUUGCAUUCUCCCUG